AUGUCAGACUCUGACUCUGUCAAUAAUCCACCUCCUCUUGUCACGUCAAUUCCCUCGGAUACUGACGAUAAAGACCCAAGCGAAACGAGAUCACAAGUCAACUCUAGAUCCAGUGGCUCUGUUGCCCUAAGCCAAGACGACGAUGCAAGCUCUUCACUUUCAACAGACCUCUCCGAUGCGUCUACUUUGGAUCUCCUUGAACUUCUCCGUCCAGCAUCACCAGAGACUACUGAAGAAGGUCCUCCUCCUCUGGGACUGAACAGGCCAUGGGGUUUGUCUGACUAUGAUGACUACGAUGUCAUCACUGUCCACGGAUUGCGCGACGAUCGCAGCACCUGUUGGAAAUCCAAGAGUGGAAAGCCGUGGCUGCGCGAUAAUCUAUUCAAGACACUUUCCAUCCGACAGUUAGACUACUCAUAUGCCACUGAUGAGUCCGCCCGGAUUUUCCGGCCAGGCGGAGUGAGGGCCGAGGCGCAAAAUUUAUUGCGGCUAUAUAACGAAAAUCGGCGUGAUCUUGAAACUCUUGAGGUUGAUCGACCAAUUAUUUGGAUUUGUCACGAUGUUGGUGGUGCAAUUGUCAAACAGGUUCUUAUUGAGGCUGCACUGCCUAUGUUCGCUGAAGAUUAUGAAGACGCCGAAACCUGGGAGGUCAUGAAGGAAAUCCACAGGAAGAUUUCAAUAUUUUCCACUGCCAUAAUCUUCUUGGGCUGUCCUCACCGAAUGGAAACAAUAGAUGUUCUUGAAGACGAGUUGCACAAUCUGGUGGGCUUACCAGGGCCAGAUGUCAGGAAGGGAAUCACAGGAAAGAUCAGAGACCUGGCAUUUCAAGUAAACAAUGUCAAUACUCGUGCUCUGGAAGGAAGUCUAUUCUCGCGAAUCGUCAACAUCAAUGUCUUUUAUCUCCCUCGCCUCGCAAAAGGCCCAUACGCCAAGGGAGGCGAAACAGAAAUGGAACUCGAUUCUCUCCCUGCCGAACAUCUUUCUGAGGCCAUACCAGAGCUUCCAACAGUGCCGGCGUCGCCUUUCAGCUGGUACACUUUGACCACCAGUAAUUGGAUGGAAGCCGAUAGCCGGUAUCGGCAAAGUGUCAUCACCCACGCAGACCUUGUCCGAGGUGACGAGGACGUGGGCGAGGAUGACAGCUGGAUAGAAAAUCUCUCCAAUCGGUUGUCUCAGGGUAUAUACCCCUUGAAAGUCCGGGGCAGCAUUAUCAGCGAACAGGCCGGUUUGCUGUCCAUGGCUCCUCCUCGCAAACAGGCAAAUGUGCAUAUACCUCCAGGAGAGUUCAUACCCUCUUCCAGCAUACCCUCGUUUCUUGCAGAAAACAAACUCCGGUCUUCCAAUUAUCCUAUAGGUCCGCAGUUCACGUACAUUUGUGGACUUGGGGAUUCUACCCGUACGGCCAUGCUUUCCCAAUAUUGGCAAGUCUUUGAUUCAAAAAGAAGAGGCGAGGCAUCGAUGGAUUACGGGGGAUCUAUGUUCUACUUCGAGUUCGAUAAACUGGACAAAAGACGCAAUACAAUAUGUUCCAUGUUGUUGACUUACCUCAACGAAAUGUCAUGGCGCGAUGGGAGCCAACAUACCGGUGUUGGUACUGUCGAAUGGAUGUUUGCGAGCCUGGAAUACUAUGGCUGCUGGUCGCUCCCUGUCCUGUUCAAGAUGUUCCAGUGUCUAAGAACUGUGAGAUCCAGAAAGAAUACAGUGAUAUUCUUGGCGUGUUUUGACGACUGUGUCGAGGAUGAACGGGCUUGGUUCCUCAAGGAAGUGCUGGAUGAACAUGGCCGUAUCGAUCAGACAUAUCAUCUUGUCAUCACAGCCAGCGACCCCGAUACCUCUGCCUUGGACUUGGUCCCAGAUGUACAGAUCUUGAGUAAAAAGGAUUUUCAGGAGGAACCUAGAGGGUUUGCCGUCGAUGAGAUGGCUGUUCAUGCCCGCGGGCUCGCAUCAUCUCUUCAAGCCUUACUUGAUCGGCGCCCAGCUUUGAACAGUGUCCAGCACGCUUUGGAGGCAUUGAUAGGAGAGUGCCACUCUUCACCUCAACUUGGCUUCCUGAUCCUCAACUGGCUGAGUAAUUUUGGAAGAGGAAAUUCAAUUGAUAAAAUCGCCGCAAAGAUCGAGGAGCUACGCCCUGUCACGCCAGAUAAUGUUCUCAAUACAUUUAUCGGUAGUCUCUCAGGAGGAAAAUGUGACUGGGCAGCCCUGGUUUACCAAUGGGUGAAAUUCACCAUAGAACCCUUGACAGUCGAGGCUCUCGCUCAUGCUCUUGCACUAUCGACACUUUCGGAAGACGUGACACUCGCUGAUAUCGACUACACGCAGUUCGAAGCUGAGAUUCAAGCCAACUUCGCGGGUGUUCUUGUCAUGGAUGGCCGAUAUAUCAAAUUCUCAUAUGCGCCCUUCCAAGAUACGUCGCUCACAUGCUUAGGCGGUUUACAUGGCGAGGAGCCAUCAGUUGCGCAUGGAGAGAUUGCCCGAAUUUGCCUCGAAUACCUCAUGCAUAGCCAAGUAGAGACAGGGUAUCGCAACCUCACCGUUGGAAACUACAGUAGCGAUCCGUCAAUCCGUCCCCUGUUCCUUCCUCGAGAGAGCCUCUUGGAAUACGCUAUUCAAUACUGGCCAAAGCAUUACCGCCUUGCUGGAUCUCAACGCCCUUUUGCACUUGCACUAGAAUUUCUCAACAAUCUUCAGACCAGAAGAAAAUGGGCCGAAGCAUUUUAUUUACUAUCAAAUCCGUUUACGCGCUUGCAAAGAAGCUACUUCUCUUCCAUACCGCUGAUGGCUGCACUCGGCCUGGAAGACCUAGUCGAGCAUCAACUCGAUCUCGAGGAAGAUCCUAAACGGUUGCGUACGGACGUUUGGCUUGCCAUUACAGAGGCGGCACGACAUGGCCACUUAACCAUACUCUCUUCACUAAUGGGUCGCUUGCAGGUACUCGGAGAUAGCGCUGAGGACCAGCGCUGCUUGCAGGACACAAUCUUCUGGUCAACAUUGCCCAACAAUGAAGAAGUCUUAAGUCUUCUGGUCAAUAAAGCUAGUUCAAAAAAUGGCUUCGAGUGGCCCGGGGAUCUCUACGCCCGCGCCGCAUUUGCCGGCAGCACAGUGCUCGUCGCUGCACUCAUCGGAUCGGGAUUGAAUACAAAUUACAAGAACAGUCAGACCAACAUGUCAGCUCUAUAUACGGCCACGCUCUGGAAUCAACCAGCAGUAGCAAAACUUGUCUUAGAUGCCGGUGCCGAUUACAAAUCAAAAGGCAAUUAUGGUGUGAGUGACUUCCUUUGGGCAGUCAUUAUGUGCCGAUCGGAAAUGACACAGCUCAUGCUCGAAAUGGGUGCUAGCUUGGAAGAUAAAGAUGAUUUCGGAAUGACAGUGGUGAAUAAUGCUGUUGAAUCAGGCGACAAGGAAUCCCUGAAGCUUCUCAUUGCCGCGGGGGCGGAUUUCGAAUCUGGCGAUUUCCGUCUUGAUUGUGAUACCAACCGCCCAAUCAUACACGCCGCCGAUUACGGUAGACCUGGCUGUCUUCGUAUUCUAAUAGAUAGCGGUGCGGACCCUCUUACCGAGUCAGAGGGUGGGAGUCUUCUCUAUCUUGUCUGUAAGUUUGCUAACCAGGUCGCCACUUGCCGACUUCUGCUAGAGAACGGAGCCGACCCCAACAAGAAAUAUGGGGACAAGUCGAUGACCUUUAUUCGUGCUUUGGAAAAGGACGAUAAGGAGCUCACCGAGUUAUUUCUGAACGCUGGAGCAAUCCCAGAUUCUUUCGAUGACUGGGACGGGGCAGUCCGCAAGACACCAUUGACUUAUGCGGCUCGCUUUGCCUCCUAUGAGGUUAUGAAGCUUUUGCUUGAUAAUGGAGCCUCGCCAAACUAUUGCCCUGACGGUAUUGAUUCUGCACUUCUAGAGGUUGCCUUGGAGGGAGGUGAAGACUCAAGAAAGGCCGAGUUACUUCUAGAACGAGGGGCAACAUUCGAUUCCAAACGGCCUGACGGGUGGACUCCUUUGCAAGCUGCCUACGAUUCUCCAGCACUCGUGGCCCUAUUUCUCAAACAUGGUGCAGAUGUUGAGAAACAGACUGAAGACGGAACAGUGCUGAUGAUGGCAGCGAGAUGGGGGUUCAUAGAGACCUUAAGGGCUAUUGUUGCACACGAAGAUCCACGACCUGACCUUGACACCACAUACAGCUGGGAGGACAACACUCAUAGUGGCUACACGGCGCUUAAUUUCGCUGUAUUGAACGGAAACUUUGAUUGCGCCAACUUUCUACUUCAAUCGGGUGCUAAGCUUAACAAUCAGCCCACCAAUACCCUGUACUUGACGUACAUAGGUAUUGAGAGCAACCAGAUUGAUGAAAUGGCCAGAUUCACGCAGGCUUGUUUAAUUCGGGGAGUGAAGCUCGAUGGGAAGGACGAGUCUGGAAACACCUAUCUUCACAACAUCACUUCAUCCACAACGACGACAGUGAUACAGAUCCUCAUCGACGCUGGUGUUCCAGUCAAUAGCGCAAACACGGAUGGCGUGACACCAUUAUGCAUCGCUGUAAAGCAUUGCAACAUCAAGGCUGCUACGCGUUUGAUCUUGAAUAAUGCUCGAGUAACCUUGUCUAGCCCAAUAUAUGGCAGUCUCCUGCACGUGGCUUGCAACAGCACAGUGGCGGAUCCGACUAAUAUCAUCAGAAUGAUCAAGUUUCUCAUCAACGCCGGAUGUGACCCCAAUGUACUAGGGUCUGAGCCUUAUCGUCCAAGUUUACUCCACACAGUGAUCGAUACACUGAAAGGACGAGAUCGACACAAGCUGGUGCACUAUCUCAUUGAGAAAACUGAUAUUCAUAUCAACCCAGCGGAAGGAUCUCAACUGCACCCAAUCCAUGCCGCUUCUGAGAAGCAUGACAUCGGACUAUUUAGAUACUUGAUCCGUCAUGGUGCCAACGUCAAAUUAGUCGAUAACAUGGGACGUCAUGCUAUACAUCAUGCAAUUCCCUUGUUCCCGGGAAACCGUCAAAGAUUUCGCAUCUUUAGAGAAUCCAGCGAGGACUUUCUGGCCCCCGAUAAUUACGGGCGAACUCCCUUGCAUAUUACAGCCGCCUUCGGGUUUUUGGGCGACCUUGGGUGGUUUCUCAGACAUGUUCCGGCGCUGGACCUGAAUGUGCGAGACGCAGAUGGAUGGACGCCACUAAUGUGGGCUUGCAAAUUAGACCGCACUAACUUCUCUAUGGUAACGAGGCUGAUAAGGCUCGGUGCCGAUAUUUGGGCCAAGAGUAAUGAUGGUCAAUGGUCUGCUCUCAAGUUAGCUCAUCUCACACAAUUGGGAGUGGAUUCUUACGAGUAUCUGCAGCCGCCUGAAAGUGAGAGGGAGCGUAUCGGGCCCGAUGGAGUCAAGGAGACUUGGGAUCCUGAAUUCCACGUUACUGGGCCCGGGGAUUACCAUAACCGAAUUCCCUGCAGCAGUUGUUUCAUCCCUAUCCGAGGUAAACGCUACCUGUGUGAUACAUGUUUUAGAGCAUUCAAUCUGUGCUUCAAGUGCUAUCCGCAGCGCACAACUAUGCACAACCCAGAUCAUGAGUUCAUCGAGUGUGUCCCUGCGGAUGCUGAAAGCGUACAAAGCGAGGGGUCUGUUGUUGAAGGUAGCAGGGCUAGUGUCCGGACUGGUAGUCCAGCGGGCAUCUCUCAUCAACAGGCUAGCGAGACAGAAACAGAGGAUAAUGAAUCGGAGGACGAAACAGAUGCUGUGUCGGACGCUAAGAGUGGUUCUGAGAAUUAG